UGGAGCCGAGCGUCCUUAGUGCCGCGAAACUCGCCAACGGUCUUCAUACGGGAAUGUCCGCUUUGGACAGAAGUUUUGGCGAAUUCUUUGUAGGAAAUUAAAUAGUUUUUGAAUUGGACCUGUAAGAGAUGACUGAACGAAAGUUUACGACGCUUAGAAAGCGUUUAGAUCAGCUAGGAUAUCGGCAAGCGCUUGGAAUUGAAUCGGUUCCAUUAGUCGAGAAGUUGUUCAGUGAUCUUGUACACACAACAGAAAGCUUGAAAAAUCUCAAACUGCAGCACAGCAAGCAUGAAAAGACGAAGACACUGUACGAGGAUAAUGUGGAGCCCUACAGGAGCGAUAAUGCUAAGUUGGUGAAAGAGAACAACGAGCUUCAUUUACAGCUCAUAAAAUUGCGCGAGGAUACAGAUCAAUCUAUUCGCGAGCUGAAAGGCACCGUUCGUAAACUAGAACACGAGAAUGCGGACCUCAAGUUUCUCAAUACUCAAUACGUACACAAAGUAAAAGCCUUAGAGAAGGAUGCCAAGGUUAAGACUGAAAGGAUACAUGAGCUACAGGAGAAAAAUCUGCAUGCUAUUGUGGAAACGCCGGGUGGAAGGCGAAAACAAGUACCUUUCAGACGUCAAAGAAUGGACAUCGAAAGUACGGUAUCCCCGGCGAAGAAUUACUCGGGGUCUUUGCAAGACGUACAGGAUCCUUAUGUCGCCGAUUUAUUAAGUGUGGCAGAUAAUAGAAUUGAGGAGCUAGAGGCAAAAGUAUUGAGAUUACAAGACGAGAAGGACGCCGGUGAGAGAAGGAAUAAAACAUUGCGGAAACAGGUUGAGUCUAGAGACAAGGAAAUUGAUAGGCUGAAUGUCCAGCUUGAAGGUGGGCGUCCCAUCGAUGCUGUCACAAAGGAUGUCAAGUCAGACAGCUCUGAUAGAGUGGUUGCACAUCUCAAUGUCCAGGUGGACUAUCUCCAGCAAGCCAAUAGGGACUUGGAGAAAAGACUUAAGAAUGCCUUGGAUAAGCAUGCCCUGGCCUCACAGAAACUUGCAGAUGUGGAGGAGAAAAAUGCUGAGCUGCUGGUUGAGUUAAAGGGAGUGGAUCGCUUGUCAAAAAAACUUGAAGAUGAUAAGGAGAGAGAUAUUGCAAGAGUGCAAACAGAGCUUGCAUCAUCAAUGGCUGAAAUUAAAAACUUACAGCUGCGCACUGAGGACUCUAACCAAGAGGUUCUAGAACUACGCAAGGAGAGGAAGCGCUUAAUUGAGGACAAUGAGGGACUGGCUGCACUUGUCAACAAAUCUAAUGCGGACACACGCAGUGCAGCUGAACUCUUGGACAAAUCUGAAAAGGAACGUAAACGGCUCUCUGAAAAGAAUGCACAGCUAACUAUCAAUGAACGUGAUCUUGUCAUGGAACUUGAGCGGCUAAAACUAACCAAAUCAGUGAAAGGGAAAAAAGGCAGAGACAAGUCUCCAUCGCGCUUGGACAAACUCAUGAAGACGCUUGAGAAGGAGCGUGACUACUACAAGAGCGAGUGUGACUCGCUACAAGAGAUGAUGCGAAAGAGACUGACGGCCAAGGGCUCCCCGACCGCGGGCAGGAAGACCAAAAAGGGUGGGAAGUCACAGGCGCAUCUUGAAAGCAUGCUCCAGUUGAUGGAAGAGGAGCGGGAUUUCUACAAACGCGAGUGCGAACUUCUCCGUAACAAGACAACGCCCAUGUCGCCACCCACACGAGAACGGGACUCAGGUGGCAGUAGCACCGAGGUGAACAGGCUAAGACGCGAGCGAGACGAGUUACAGGGCUUGGUGGAGAAGUUUGAGAAACACAUGACCGAGAUUCAGUCCAACGUGAAGACGCUCACCCAGGACAGGGACAAGGUGCAGAUACUGUACGAACAAUCUUUAGACGAGAUUCAACGUCUACGGCGACAAGUCGAACGUUCCCGGUCCCAGUCACCAUCGCGAGCCGCCUCGGUCGUGUUAUGCCGCGUGGAAGCUGAGAGGGACAAUGCAGUAGCCGAUUUACGACGCACGCAUAAUCAGAUCGAGAACCUGGAGGAUAAAUUAAAGAUCGCACUGGAGACCCAGCAGCAGGAAAAACGACGUUACGAAGACAAAAUCGCGAACGACGAGACCAUCAUUGAAAAGCUCGAAAGUGACCGCUCCGAGCUCCAGUCCCGUGUCUCGUCACUCCGUAACAUGAUCUCAUCGCUGGAGAGCCAGGUGAAGCAGACCUCGGCGCAGCUUUCCAUAGCGAAAGACACCGCGUACGAGCGUGAGACGCAGGUCAGUAAAGAGGCACUGAGGUGCGAACAGGCGGAGCGCGCGGCCGAGGAUUACCAACGGCGCCUGACCCGUACCGCGGGAGAGCUACAGGCGGCAGAGGAGAAGAUCGCAAUGCUGGAGGAGAGGAUGGAUUCCCUCGAUGGUAAAAAUUCAGCGCAAAGACAAGAAAUCGCCGAACUUCGUGCAUCUAUUAAAUCUCUAGACCGCGUGAAGGAUGAACUGCAGGCUCAGGUGGAUGAAAAGACAGAAGACGUCAUGAACCUCGAGGCUAACAGGAUAGCACAGGAAAAAGCAGAGAAUGAAUUGAAGAUAAACAUGGAAGAUCUAGAAGCGCAAUUGAGCCACACCCUUGACCAGGGCAGCCUAAAGGACCGUGAAGUGAAAAGCUUACGAAGGCAACUUGAAUCUCGUGAUGAUGAGUUAGCCGAGAUGACGCGAGGAAGAGAAGCCGCACUGAGGGAGAACCGGCGGCUACAAGAAGACCUAAAUACCAUGACAGAGGAGAACCAGGCGAUUCAUCAGCAGCUGCAGGAGUGCUUGGAGGAGCAAGAGAAUCUCAAGAUCCAGAUCUCAGACUACGCACGGCAAGUCGCCAGGGUGGAGGAACUACUCGCACAGAAGGAACAAGAGAAGGAGGACAUCCUUGAGCAGUACCGCACGCUGACGUCUGAAGCUGAGCGACUCGCGAGCGAGACCAAGCACUCGACAGGCCAGGUGACCAACUACCGCAUGGAGAUCGCGCAACGAGAGCAGGGCGAGCGAGAACUGCGUGACAAGAUCCGACGCCUGGAAGCUGAUAUCGAACAGUAUGUCUCCUCUAACGAGGGUUACGAGAUCCAAGUGUCCGGUUUAACGAGGUCCAUGGCUCAGAUGGAGGAGCAGCUACGACAGGCAAAUGAAGACAGGGAAAGUCUCCUCCAAGACAUUGCGGCUGUUCGUGAGCUGUGCAUGAAGUUGGACCAGACGCGUGAGUCUCUCUCUCGUCAGCUAGCUGCCAAAUCUAUGGAUCAGGAACAGCUAGCUGCCAAAUCUAUGGACCAGGAACAGCUUCGAGAACUUCUUGAUGACGCAAAAGGCGAGACUGAAACUCUCAGGAGAAAGGUGUUUGCUGAAAAAGAAAAUAUACGAAGCUUGGAGUCAGUUAUUGCCAAGCAACGGCAGAAAGAAUAUGUCGAGCGUAAAUCUCUUGGUACCUCGAUGGAGGAAGUUAGCAGAUUACGAGAAGAGCUUGUCAAGAACGACCAUGAAAAAUCUAUACAAAGGGAGGAGAUAGAUACCCUGAGACAAGCCUCUGACAGACUUGAGGAUGAGGUGGCAAGGCUCAGGAAGCACUUAAUCGCUGAGAAAUACGAGAGAGAAAAACUUCUUCACGAAACUAGUAGGACUGGAUCACGUUAUUCUCGUAACACGGAUCAGCGUCUCCACACGUCCUUCACUAGUAGCGAGUUCGCCAAAAUGAAACCCAAAGACAUGUCUUCACCACUCGCGUCCGACUACAGCGACACCGGGCGGGCCAUCUCACCCAUCCGACGAAUCAACCACAGCGACGACGAUUAUUCAGACGCUAGUUGAGGUCAAAGUUAAAUUUUCUGCUGCCAUUCCUCUCCGCGUUCUGGAAGAGAAUCAGUAAAUAUUUAAUGCUGUAGUUAGUUUUCCUUGUUAGGAAGAAGAGGUAACCUUUGCACUUUAAAGCCCUAUGCUAGCGCCAGACCUACAAAACCCUAGAAACCCGCACUUACAGAUGUCAUUUCCACCCUCGUAUGACGGAAUAACUUUAUAUGACGGCCACUUUAAAGAGCCAGCGUCAGCCGCCGCCUCGUCAUUCUAACAAAAUAACAAGUGUGAGAAAGCAUCCAUUGUCGUCGUUUGAUGGGAAGCAACUGCGACUUUUUUUUUGUUUAAUUUGGUAAUUGAAUUUGUGUAAAGUUUAGAUAGUUUAUAGUUAAUCCGUGGCUGACGAGUGCUCUUUAAUUAUGUAUGGUGGUCUUCAUGUUAAGCUUUUCAGCAGUCCUGAGCAUGCUCAGAAUAUAAUAGCUUAUGCACUUGCAUGUCAACUACAAACUGGGGAAUUUCGUAUUCUUCAAGUCAGUUAUAUUUAUUCUUUCCAUAAUAUAGUAUGCGUGACAAAUUUACGAUUGAUUUGGUAAACCAACUUAAAGAACAACGUUUAAGAAAGUUAUUUGGAAAUUUCACAAGAAAAUAUAUUACAAGGAGAGGGGAAAAAAGGAAAAAAAAAAAUAGGAGUGGCUGGCUAAAGUCUUUUUACAGAGAAUCCAGACCUCUGUCAAUAUCUAAGAGAAAUAUCUUUGAGACGAGGCGUCCCUCAUUAUAACUGUUUUAACCAUUGUCUCCCCUUGUGGCCUCCAAGAGGUUUCCGUAUUUCACACGUUAUUCAUUACUAUGGACUAAGAAGCCAGUGCAUCUCAUUGUAUCGCGAUGCCCAAAAUACGAAGCUGUGCGUUUUCAGUUUGGCUAUUCUCACACUUGAAUCCAGUCCCUGGUGUUAUGUCGGGUUUCCUGUGUGUUCCUUUGUGACGUAAUCUGAAGCCCUCUUCUCAAGCUUAUUCUCACCAGCCCUCUUGCCUUACGGAAAACCACAGGAGUCCCGAACAGCACGCCAUGGACAAGGGUGACUUUGAAUCGGUUUAGCCAAUCUAUUUUCUUAUCUUGUGAAGUCAGAAAUCACUUCUGGCGCAGUAUUGAAAAAGUCUCGAUUGGCUGCUCAAGGAAUUGCAUGAGUAAGACAAUCGCUACAGAGAGAACUCAUGGCGAAUCAUAAAUCAGUCCGUUUCCCGCUGUCAUCAUAUCCAUCACUGGCUAAAAAAAACUCAUGUGAAUAUGUACAUAUUUAGAAAUCCAGUCGUAUUUUUUCGGGUAACCCUAAUGUGCUACGCUACCAAGUAAUUAUGGCAUGGCAGAAUUGUAAAGUUGUUUAGAAGAUUUUAAGGAAUAAAUCGAUAUUUUAUA